UACAUAUCGUGUACUUUUCUGGUUCUUGAAAGGAAAACGUGUGUACAAUUAACCUUUUUAAAAAUAAACGCCUUGCUCAGAUCUCAUUUACAUUUCAGUCGACAAUGUAUCGACAUAUUUUACUUUUGAUAUUUUCCGUAUCGGUAGCUGCUCUGGAUUUCGAAUUCCAGCAACGCUUACCGUGUAAGCCUUUACAAGUACAGCACGGACAAGUUUGCGUUAACCAGGCUAACUACUGCGAUACUUUAGAAGUUCCAAUUAAAAGGUCACGCAAUGAUUAUACUUUGGUGACAUCCUCACUAUCCGGCGAUCGAUUCAGCUAUAAAUACGGUAGAAUUAAACCAAGUCAUCAAGACAGCACCAGCGACACGUCCAUAGAAAUUGAUCGACAACAAAAAAAUGAUGGAUGCGAAUUUGUCGGCUGGGGAGGAGGUUUAUCCGGUGCAGUUUCAUAUGUGCUAGAUCGAUUACCGAGAAAUAUCCGCAGCUGUGUUUAUAGGAGUUACUUUUCGAGCUACUCUGGCAUAGGUUUAUCAAUGCUACGUCUGACUAUGGGUGGAACGAGUUUCGAUCUUGAGCCGUGGACCUACAGUGAAACGCCCGAACAUGAUGUAUCGCUGCCAACUUUUACGCAAUUGGAUCCAAGAGACGUGCAACGUAACCUUCAAGUCAAAGAAAUUCUAGAAGUAUCAGGGCGUCGCGACUUGAAAAUAUUAUCGGUUCCGUACUCAGCCCCACCAUGGAUGAAAAUGAACAACAAUUUCGUUGGAGGUGCGAACAGUCAAUUGAGACCAGAAUACAGUCAAGCAUGGGCCGAUUAUUAUGUCAAAUAUUUGUAUUACAUGCAAAAGGAUGGUAUCCGAAUCUGGGCAGUAACAAGUGGUGAUGAGCCUGUUGUUGCAUCGAUUGUGAGCGAAUUCGAAUUUAUGGGAUGGAAAGCGGCUGAUCACGCCAGGUGGAUAGCAGACUAUUUGGGUCCGACAAUAAGACGCUCUGCAUUUGAAAAGGUUAAAAUCUUUGUCUUCGACGAGAAUCGCGCAGAAAUUGUAAAAUAUAUGGAAGAAAUGGUAGCAAGCGCACCACACGUACUGAACUACACCGACGCUAUCGCUGUACACGGUCAUACUGAUUGGAAGUCAUCAUCAGCAUUACUAGACGCAACAAAACAAGCGUAUCCAGACAAACCAAUUUAUAUGACGGAAAAAAGUUUUGGUAUCGGCAAUGUACCUGCACCGCUCAAAGGAGUGCUCCUCGGCUCAUGGGAACGAGCAGAAAAUCUCACAGUUGAACUGAUUGAUAAUUUAAAUCACGGCGUAAGCGCCUAUGUUUACUGGAAUUUUAUUUUGAACAACAUGGGUGGACCGAACUAUGCAAAUAAUUUCAUCGACUCGCCCAUCAUUGUCAAUGAGGACUACACCGCUAUCUACAAGCAACCGAUGUUCUAUGCAUUCGCUCAUUUUAAAUUCAUUCCAGUUGGUUCUCGCAGAAUUACAGCGAGAAUUUCUGGUCUGGAUGCCGCAUCUAUACAUUCCGUUGCGUACUCGUGUCCUGACGGCUCGACUGCAAUAGUUUUGUACAACUUUAGUGCUACAAAGACCGUUACUUUGUCUGUGAGAGAUGGUAGUAAGGAAGUGAUCCGACUGUCGGUGAAACCGAAGUCUGUAAAUUCGUUGAUUUAUUGAAUGGAUGGCAAAGAGUGUCGUGCUUCUUUAUACUUGAGUGUCUGCCGAAUUUAUAUAUUCUGUUCUGAAGUGGAGUCAAAAAUAAAGAAUUGUU